AUGGCAGAAGCCUCUCUUGCAUUCCCAAUGAUUUGCUUGACCUUCUCAUUCCUUUUUGUUUUUGCUGUUUAUAAUGCCUCGAUAAUGCGGCACUUCGGCGCCUUCUACCGUCGAACCAUCCUGCCCGUAUACCGACAGAUGGCGCGCAAGCUCAUCAGCCGUCAUCCCACCAACCAAAACCUACCAAUCCGUAGGCCUGAGGUAGGGUAUGAGGCAAUCAACCUUGUAGCCAACGAUGAAGAUGAGCAAUAUCCUCCAUCCCUCGCGACUUCAAGCAUACCAGCACCUGGCUACCGUCGGCACGUUGAAGACCGUGAUCUCAACACAGUCAAAAAGUUUCCCCCAAUGGAUAGUGAAAUAAAAGUUGACUAUCUCAGCAUUUCCACUACCUAUGCUGGAAGCCCAUACCGUCCGCGACGCUUUGCCGAGAUGGCCAAUUUCCCCACUCACAGUCAAUCAUCAAGUCCUUCUGGAUCUGUAGUGUCCUCUGACGAGUAUGACUCUGACUGGUCCAAUACCGCUUUCGAGGAGGCGGUCUUCGAGCCCCACAACCCAGUCGAUGAGAUCCCCAUCUGGGGAUUCGAACUCGAGCGUCCUAUGUAUACCCUUGGCCACGAGCAAGGGGGACCGGUGGCUUGGUUGGACGAAAUUGUUGAGUGGACAUCCCAGGGUGUUUUUGCGUUUGUUUCUCCCGACAUCAUCGAACAACGGGUGUGA